GGGCGGGACUGGCAUGGCGGAGGGGGGGUGCGGAGGUGGGGGGGGGGGGUGCCCGGGCUUUGAGCGCGCCGGGUGUAAUGGAGACACCCCGCCCGGGAAAACCUGUUUGGAAAGGACAACCCUGCAGAAUCCUAUUCUAAGUCCUCGGAUGUCCCGGCUUCCACCAUGACGUUAAGUUCUAACCAGAAGAUGCCUGCUGAAGAUGGUUCUGGAGACCACGGGGACACUGCCAGCCUGGGCGCUGUUAACACCGUCUACAGUAGUCAUUUCCCUUCACAGACCUCUGCAUCUCAGGAUGACCCCUUCACCACCUACUUUGAUGAGAAGAUCCCCAUUCCCGAGGAGGAGUAUUCUUGUUUUAGCUUCCGCAAACUCUGGGCGUUUACAGGGCCUGGCUUCCUCAUGAGCAUCGCUUAUCUGGAUCCAGGGAACAUAGAAUCCGACUUACAGUCUGGGGCUGUGGCCCAGUUUAAGUUGCUCUGGGUUCUCCUCCUGGCCACCAUCGUGGGGCUCCUGUUGCAGCGCCUGGCAGCCAGACUGGGUGUGGUCACGGGCCUACAUCUUGCUGAAGUGUGUAACCGGCAGUAUCCUAAGGUCCCCCGAAUUAUUCUGUGGCUGAUGGUGGAGCUGGCCAUCAUAGGCUCCGAUAUGCAAGAAGUCAUAGGAUCAGCUAUUGCCAUCAAUCUCCUGUCUUCUGGGAAGGUUCCUCUGUGGGGUGGAGUUCUCAUUACCAUAGCAGAUACCUUCGUAUUUCUUUUUCUGGACAAAUAUGGUUUACGGAAACUGGAAGCAUUCUUUGGCUUGCUCAUCACCAUCAUGGCCUUUACAUUUGGAUAUGAAUAUGUUACAGUGAAACCCAACCAGGCCCAGGUGCUGAGGGGCAUGUUCGUGCCCUCUUGUUCAGACUGUCACACCGCACAGAUUGAGCAGGGCGUGGGCAUUGUGGGUGCUGUUAUCAUGCCGCACAACAUGUAUCUGCACUCUGCACUGGUCAAGUCCAGGCAGGUGAACAGGACCAGCAAGCGGGAGAUUCGAGAAGCCAACAAGUACUUCUUCAUCGAGUCCUGCAUCGCUCUUUUCGUCUCCUUCGUCAUCAACGUCUUUGUCGUCUCAGUCUUUGCCGAGGCCUUUUAUAACCAAACCAACAAGGAAGUGCGUGAAAUCUGCGUCAAUAAUAGCAGCCCUCACAGUGACCUCUUCCCUCAGAACGACACCGUGUUGUCCGUGGACCUCUAUAAGGGGGGAGUGGUACUAGGAUGUUACUUUGGGCCUGCAGCGCUCUACAUCUGGGCAGUGGGCAUCCUGGCUGCAGGACAGAGCUCUACCAUGACAGGGACCUAUUCUGGCCAGUUUGUCAUGGAGGGAUUCCUGAACCUAAGGUGGUCACGGUUUGCCCGGGUGAUCUUGACACGUUCUAUUGCUAUCAUUCCAACGCUGUUGGUCUCAGUCUUCCAGGAUGUGGAGCAUCUGACAGGGAUGAAUGACUUCCUGAAUGUGCUGCAGAGCUUACAGCUUCCCUUCGCCCUCAUCCCGGUCCUCACAUUUACCAGUUUGCGUCCAGUGAUGAAUGACUUUGCCAAUGCACUGGGCUGGAGGAUCGCAGGUGGGCUCCUCGUUCUUCUUAUCUGUGGCAUCAACAUGUACUUUGUGGUUGUCUAUGUUCAAGACCUGGCCAGCAUGGCACUGUAUGUGGUGGCUGCUAUAAUCUCUGUGGCCUAUCUUUGUUUUGUGUUUUACCUGAGUUGGCAGUGUUUGAUUGCUUUGGGCCUGUCCUUCUUGGACUGUGGACAGACGUACCACCUGGGACUGACUUCUCAUCCUGAACUCUUCCUUCUGAACAAUGUUGACACGGAUUCCAUCCUCUCCAGAUGAUGGCCUCAAGAGACUGUUGAAAUACUGUUUUCAAAAACCCUUAUGCCAAGUGAUGUAAUAACUUUGUUAGUUCAGAGGUGAGUUUUGUUCAAAGAACUUGAACAAAAAUCAGAGAUUUCCUUAUGGGAAGGCUAUUAAAAGCUGACCGCUAUAAGUGGAGGGCAGAGAACCACCCACCUUGUAAAGGUGUAAACAGUUUGGGGAGAGCCAGAGUCAAAUGACUGGCUGAUUUUGGCCCCACGCCCUAUGGGCUUGUGUUGUAAUUUCUGGAAAUUUUUUUGAAGUUGUAAUUUAUAUAAUUAUAUAUAAAGAUAGAAAUAUUUGGGUAGGAUUUUUCAAGUUUUAUAUAAAUUGAUGACUUUAGUUUUAAAAACCUUAUUAGAGCUCAGAGAAGUCAGAUUACGCUGAAAUCUCUGGAUUGAAGAUGAGAAAGGAGGAUUAAUGGGGCUUUUUAAAGCUGAAUUGGUCAAACCAAAUCUCCUUUAUGCUUCAUGUAAGAAGUCAAAGUUAUAUUUAAAUUGACUGGUUAAAGACCAGAUAAUAUAUUUGGUGUUUGAAAAAAAAUGUUGCCUAAUAGCCAGCAUUUCUUUUUUCCAAAGAAUGUCUGCUACUUCUUGCCCAUGAAAUUGAGGCUUUAAACUGGAAGAUAGCAUAAUGUUUGCUGAGGUUUUGAAUUCACUACUUCCAAACGUCACAUCCAUCAGCUCACCAUCAGUCUUUUUUCAAGUUUCUGGUCAAAAGGCAAAAGCCUUAAACUUUUUAACUUGCAAAGGAAGUUUCUGCUGUUCUUUGGACCUGUCUACCAUUUGAGAUAUUUUAACUUCUUCAUGUAAACACUCCAUACAGGCCCAAAGGUCUGCUUCCUGUGAUAGGGUAUUGUGGCAUAUUGGACGUGACUGGGACCUGGAAAUCAGAACACUAGGUUUUAGCCACAACUCACUUAUUUUUGUGACCUUUAGCCCUCUGACUCAGUUUCUUCAUCUGUGAAAUGAAAGACUUGAAUGAGAUAAUCUUUAAGGCUCCUCCCAGCUCUCACAUUCUCUGAUUAUCACUCCAGCCACUUGAAACUCCAGGUCAACCUGCUACCUCUUCACACUAGAGAAGACUUGAUAUCUUAUCUGACCCAAGCCACAUGCAAAAAUUUACUACAUUUCAAGUCAUCAAGUUUUUAAAGCAUUGUCUAAAUUUAUUCAAAGUUUACUUUGUUAACCUAACUAGGAGCCUGGGCUCUCCUUGUCCGGAUUGUAGCUUGAGCCUUAUUUUAACAUUCCUUUACACAUUAGGAAUUCCAGAAAUUCUUGAGUGUUGUUUUUCAACCUUAGAAGUGGGGUGGGGGUGGGGGAAUGAGGUUGAAAUUUAUUAAGUGUUUGAACCACUUAAGUCCAGAAGUCUUCUUUCAUUUUGUAAAAUAUGUUUUAAAUGCCUGUUGUUUCCAUUGCAAGCCAUUAAGUCUGGGGGUGAGGCAUAAGAUGGGGUCUCUGCCCUCAAGGAGUUUCCAGUCAUAAUGUAAAAUUGACUCUGAAUUGGUCUGUUUGAACUCAGAGUUCCUUUAUAACAAUUUAAGUACUUCUGUUAACUUUCAACAAGCUUUGUUCCAGGUUGUUCAUUUUUAUAAAUGCUCAUGCUUCCUUCGUUAAGAUGGUCUCUAGGUUAUUCAGAAAGGAGUAUGAGAAGGGGCAUAUCAAAACAACCAGGCUUCCUAUUUGUGGCUCUUAUAAUUGGUUUUCCAAAAUAAGGCUUAAGGAGUUCUGCCAGUUUCCUCUGCAGGAGAAGAUAAUUAAGAAUAAGUAUGUUUCAGUGGGAUACCCCUCACUAUAUAAUGACUGGAUUCCUUGUUAGGGCAUUUUUGUAAGCCAAAUCAUUUCACAUGCUCUGGAGUUGGGAAAUCAGAAGGGCCUUCCACCCCUUGCUGAAUUUCUACAAUGUCCGUGACUGGCAUCCUGCAAUAAAUUUACUACUUCCAAAGGCA